UUAGGGAGGCGGAGGGAGGAUCGCUUGAGGCCAGGAGUUUGAGAUCAGCCUGGGCAAACAAGCGAGACCCUUGUCUGUUCACUUAAAUAAAACCAAAAAAAAACGAGCACCGAGGGAAAAAGGAGUAAAUCCCGGCGCUAACAGCAGCCUGCCGCCUGCGGUGGGCGCCCUCCCGGGAGUGGCUGCUUUACCCAACCCCCCAGAGGCGGAACCUGCCACAUUGCCGCGUGGCCCUGGGCGCCGCCACCUCCUCCGCAGCGGGGCAAAGAUGCCGGACCUGGAGGGAGGAGGGCCUCGCCGAGAUGACUCAGGUUCAGCGCGGGAGGGGAGGAUGACGACUUCACCUGGCCUCUAACACGUACGCAUCUUUCCGCGCCUUCUACAAUGGCCGUCCUGUUCUGGCCUGUAGCUCUCCUUCGCUGCGCCGCCACUAUGCUCUCCGUCCGCAUCCCGCUCGCGCCCAUCACGGACCCGCAGCAGCUGCAGCUCUCGCCGCUGAAGGGGCUCAGCCUGGUCGACAAGGAGAACACGCCGCCAGCCCUGAGCGGGACCCGCGUCCUGGCCAGCAAGACCGCGAGGAGGAUCUUCCAGGAGCCCGCGGAGCCGAAAACUAAAGCAGCUGCCCCCGGCGUGGAGGAUGAACCGCUGCUGAGAGAAAACCCCCGCCGCUUUGUCAUCUUCCCCAUCGAGUACCAUGACAUCUGGCAGAUGUAUAAGAAGGCGGAGGCUUCCUUCUGGACCGCCGAGGAGGUGGACCUGUCCAAGGACAUUCAGCACUGGGAAUCCCUGAAGCCCGAGGAGAGAUACUUUAUAUCCCAUGUUCUGGCUUUCUUUGCAGCAAGCGAUGGCAUAGUAAAUGAAAACUUGGUGGAGCGAUUUAGCCAAGAAGUUCAGAUUACAGAAGCCCGCUGUUUCUAUGGCUUCCAAAUUGCCAUGGAAAACAUACAUUCUGAAAUGUAUAGUCUUCUUAUUGACACUUACAUAAAAGAUCCCAAAGAAAGGGAAUUUCUCUUCAAUGCCAUUGAAACGAUGCCUUGUGUCAAGAAGAAGGCAGAUUGGGCCUUGCGCUGGAUUGGGGACAAAGAGGCUACCUAUGGUGAACGUGUUGUAGCCUUUGCUGCAGUGGAAGGCAUCUUCUUUUCCGGUUCUUUUGCAUCGAUAUUCUGGCUCAAGAAACGAGGACUGAUGCCUGGCCUCACAUUUUCCAAUGAACUUAUCAGCAGAGAUGAGGGUUUACACUGUGAUUUUGCUUGCCUGAUGUUCAAACACCUGGUACACAAACCCUCAGAGGAGAGAGUAAGAGAAAUAAUUAUCAAUGCUGUUCGGAUAGAACAGGAGUUCCUCACCGAGGCCUUGCCUGUGAAGCUCAUUGGGAUGAAUUGCACUCUAAUGAAGCAAUACAUUGAGUUUGUGGCAGACAGACUUAUGCUGGAACUGGGUUUUAGCAAGGUUUUCAGAGUAGAGAACCCAUUUGACUUUAUGGAGAAUAUUUCACUGGAAGGAAAGACUAACUUCUUUGAGAAGAGAGUAGGCGAGUAUCAGAGGAUGGGAGUGAUGUCAAGUCCAACAGAGAAUUCUUUUACCUUGGAUGCUGACUUCUAAAUGAACUGAAGAUAUGCCCUUAUUUUGCUGAUUUUUUUUUUCCAUCUCAUAAAGAAAAUCAGCUGAAGUGUUACCAACUAGCCCCACCGCGAAUUGUCCGUAAUGUUCAUUAACAGCAUCUUUAAAACUGUGUAGCUACCUCACAACCAGUCCUGUUUGUUUAUAGUGCUGGUAGUAUCACCUUUUGCCAGCAGGCCUGGCUGGCUGUGACUUACCAUAGCAGUGACAAUGGCAGUCUUGGCUUUAAAGUGAGGGGUGACCCUUUAGUGAGCUUGGCACAACAGGAUUAAACAGUCUUUUAACUAGCACAGGCAAUUGAAAGAUGCAGCCCCACUGCUUCAACGCAGAUUUUAAUGUUUACUUAAAUAUAAACUGGCACUUUACAAACAAAUAAACAUUGUUUGUACUCACAAGAUAAUAAUAGCUUGAUUUAUUUGGUUUCUACACCAAAUACAAAGCAUUCUGACCACUAAUGGGAGCCAAUUCACAGUUCACUAAGUGACUAAAGUAAGUUAAACUUGUGUAGACUAAGCAUGUAAUUUCUAAGUUUUAUUUUAAUGGAUUGAAAUACUUGUUAACCAACUUUAAAGUCAGUCCCGUGUAUAGCUAGAUAUUAGUCUGUUGGUGCCAGAUAGAAGACAGGUUGUGUUUUUAUCCUGUGGCUUGGGUAGUGUCCUGGGAUUCUCUGCCCCAUCUGAGUAGUGUUGUGGGUUAAAGGAAUCUCUCAGGACAAGGAGCUUCUUAAGUUAAAUCAUUAGAAAUUUAGGCAUGAUCUGGGCCUUCAUAUGUGUGAGAAGCCGUUUCAUUUUAUUUCUCACUGUAUUUUUCUUAACUUCUAGUUGAUAAAAAAUUCUUGAAGAGUUUUCAUAUGUGGGAUCCAAGGUAGUACUGUAAAAUUUCAAGUCAUCCUUAAACAAAGUGACCCACCUAAGAUCUUGCCCCUGUUAAGUGGUGAAAUCAACUAGAGGUGGUUCCUACAAGUUGUUGUUUAUUCUAGUUUUGUUUGUGUGUAAGUGGGUUGUGUGAGUUAAUUCAUUUAUAUUUACUAUGUCUUUUAUUUUGAGAUGGAGUCUCGCUCUGUUGCCCAGGCUGGAGUGCAGUAGCGUGAUUUCAGCUCACUGCAACCUCCGCCUCCUGGGUUCAAGCAAUUCUCCUGUCUCAGCCUCCUGAGUAGCUGGAACUGCAGGUAUGUGCUAAUUUUUGUGUUUUUAGUAGAGACAGAGUUUCACCAUAUUGGUCAGGCUGGUCUUGAACUCCUGACCUCAGGUGAUCCGCCCACCUGGGCCUCCCAAAGUGCUGGGAUUACUAGGCAUGAUAAACAAAUAUUCUUAAUAGGGCUACUUUGAAUUAAUCUGCCUUUAUGUUUGGGAGAAGAAAGCUGAGACAUUGCAAGAAAGAUGAUGAGAGGUAAAUGUUGAUCUUUUGGCCCCAUUUGUUCAUUGUAUUCGCUAUUUGAACAUUGUCCUGUUCUAUUGUUAGUUUUCUUCUUCAUUAUUGUAUAGUCAAUUUUUAAAUCUCUGUAAUAUGAUACAUUUUCCUGUCUUAAGUUAUUAUCUAAAGUUAAUCCAGAUUACAUUGUCCUUAUACUUGUACAACAUUAAAAUGAAAGGCUUUGCUUUGCAUUGUGAGGUUCAGGCGGAAGUUGGAAUCAGGUUUUAGGAUUCUGUGUCUCGUUAGCUGAAUAAUGUGAGGAUUAACUUCUGCCAACUCAGACCAUUUCCUAAUCAGUUGAAAGGGAAACAAGUAUUUCAGUCUCAAAAUUGAAUAAUGCACAAGUGUUAAGUGAUUAAACUAAAACUGUUCUUAUGUCA